AGUUGUCUCGAAAUGCCCUCUAGGCGGUCCCCAACUCCGACGGACGUGACAGCCCAGGACCUAAUAACUCGGGCCAGCGACUGUCUUGAAAGGUUCCCUCCGGAGGGGGAGAUGGCUAUACGGUACAUGGAUAAAGCGUUCCAAAAGGAUCCUAAUAACCCGGAUGUACUUGACUUCUACGGCGAGGUACUGUUAGAAUAUUCCAAUGAGGAUGUCGAGAAAGCGGUACAGUUGUUCAAACGGAGUGUCGAGCUAGCACCUGCUAUCAACGGGAGCAAGUAUUUCUACUUGGGUCAGUUGUCGGAGGGGAGUGACUCCUUGCAGUACUACAUGAAAGCCGCCCAAAUACUAGAGAACGAGCUUCAGGAUGCUGAGGUUGAAGGAGAGGAAGUCCGGAGCGUUGUCGAGGCUAGACUAAUAUCGGCAAUGUGUGCUAUUGGUGAGCUCUAUAUGACCGACAUGUGCGACGAAGCGGAUGCUGAGGAGAACUGCAAGAAAUACUUAGAGGGAGCCGUUUCACGCGCGCCUCAGUCAGUAGAGGCUCUCUCGGGUCUAGCCGUGUACUACAAGGUCAUACAGGACUUUGACAAGACCAAGGAGCUGUGCAAGCGAGCACUAGAAAUUAUACGAAGUGUUGGGGAAGAAGACCCGGAGUCGUUGCCUCCCAUGCCUAUCAGGCUGCAGUUAGCGAAAACUUUGACUGAUAUUGAUGCUUCGGAUGAAGCCAUUGAGGUGCUUCAUCAACUGCUCGACGAGGAUGAGAAUGAAGUUGAGGUGUGGUAUGUAUUAGCAUGUGCUCACAUGACCGCAGCAGCAGCAGCAGCACUCAAGGGGGAUGCCGAGGCGACAGAUCGGACCGAGCCUCUUCGCAUCGCGUCGGAGUGUGUGAGUCACGCCCUGGAUUUGAUCAAAAGGCAGCCCGAGGACGAUCAGUGGUCGGAACCCCUCCAGCAUCUAGGAGCGGAGCUCGAUAAACGGAAGCAGAAGCAGGGAAGUAGUGAUGAUGAUGUUCAAAUGAAUUGAGAUCGAAAUGGUCGUGGGGAUGUGCUGAAGAGGCGGUUCAGUCUCAUUCAGCAGGAACUUCCGUACUAGUAGCUGAAUGCACAUCCGAUUGCUCUUUAUUCUAUGUACCCGCUAACUACCCUUCUGUAGUAUAGUU